AUGACAAAAAAUAAGCCACAUAACAAGAAAUUCCUCUGCGUUCUUUUGAAAAUCAUAGAGCCUUCACUGAUACCCUUUUGUGGACCAGCUGAGGCUGACGGAUCGCCAGCCACACAGGAAUGGCGAGUCAUCAGUCGAUUUGCCGACUGUCUAUCUCACGCCAUUCUGAAGGAUAGCAUCUGUCAUCAGUCUCUGUGCGCCUCCCUGCCUCCACCUAAGGAGGCAACACCUUCAGAAUCUGCGAAGCACAGUGAUAAGUGUCAACGAUCACGGCCAUCUCCACCAAGGACCAUCUCGUUUACCUGCACUUCCGGUAGACCGCGUGUCCCGAAAUCAGAUUCUCAAAGUUCUACCUCCUAUGCCAUUGGACCACCACCCACAAACCGCGAUUUCCCCUCGUUUACUCCCAACGUCUCCUCGACUUUCCUAGAUGUCAAGGACACCACUUCACAUGGCGCCCUCUUGAAACCGACGACGUCAUUCAUUGCAGUGAUAGAGGGGUAUGCCGAAGACACCGUCUCUGAGGUUAUGCAAGAGGCUACUGAGGCCGCGGCAAGGCGGAUGCGUUACAUUCGGCGUCUAGUCGACUCUGUGAUGCGUUCUCUCGAAGCGAAGUCGUGCUUUAGCCGCUUUAACAAGUCGAAGCUCAACGCAUUGCGCUCCCCGGGGGAGGACAUUUGUGUUCGUUUCAGUGUUCUUUGUUUUGUUUCACCCUGUUACAGGCAGACCAGACCCACAAUUAGUCGGAGCGGAGCGUCAACUGCCGUGUGCGAUCCACACGCCGAACCCCACCAGCGAAAACCCACCUACGCCAAGCGCCUGCGCCUCUUCGCGUCCAGCCUGACCUCCCGCCUUGUGCUGGACGCCCUUCAGCAACUGAGGCGCGUCCAAGCGCACAACAGCAACGUCGAAUGCAGGGAAUUGCCAUGGUCGUCUCCAUCUCCACAAUCACACUCGUAG